GCUCCUGAAAAAGGAUGAAUGUUCUGUCCUUUCACAAUUAGGAAAAUAAAGCGACAGCUAACAGCAAUGAUGUAAAGUUGUGUAUUUUCUGUAAACAUUUAUUUUAAAUAUUAAAAAAAGAAAAAUGACUCCAGGAUUUGGGCACGAUCCACUUCCUUCGUAUAAUUUCACAACAUUGGGAAAUACAGCCUUAUGUCUUUGGCAGCAACCGCAACAUUUUCUAUUUCAAUUAGCAAAUCUAUGUUUCGUUCUAUCAUAUUCGGCACCAUCUUCUAAGAAGGGCAUACUGUUUAUGCACUCGAUUCUUAUAAUUGGUUUCAUGCUACUAUCUGGAUGGGCAUGGCAUGUCAUUUGUGCUCCGGAUAUUUUUUCCUGGAACUUUAGUUUUCUUGUUUUGAAUAUUUGUCAACUUGUUUACAUUGUUUAUCAAAUGCGACCAGUGAGAUUUGAUCCUGAACUUGAGGAAGUUUAUCACACUCUUUUUUAUCCUUUCAAGGUGACUCGUUUGCAAUUCAAAAGAUUGGUCUCUUCGGAAUUUGCAACAUUAAUGUCUCUCCAUGCAGGCGAAGCGUAUGCUAUGCAAAAUUUAACAAAAACAGACAGACUUGGUCUUUUAUUAAGUGGAAAAAUUAACGUUCUCAGUGAAUCGAAUUUUUUGCAUCCAAUUUUACCCUGUGAAUUUCUCGAUUCGCCGGAAUUUGAAAGUUCUCGCGCGUCUGUCGAUGAUAAAUUUAAGGUGUCUAUUGUGGCAGCAAGUUCGUGUAGAUAUUUAUAUUGGCAAAGAACGGCUUUGGAAUAUUUACUUGUUAAGGAAACUUAUUUGGCAACAAUAUUGACAACAUUAAUUGCUAGAGAUAUUGCCACAAAAUUGUAUGCUAUGAAUAACAAGAUAAUCACUGACAAAGGUUCACACUUAGAUAUUCGAUUGCCAACAAUUAGCGCUGGUUUAGGUAUUUCAGGUGAAUACAGAAGUCCAAAAACUUCGAGACAAGCUCUAAUUCGUCGAAGGGAAUCACAAUUAGCAUCCAAUAAUGCUGGUGCAAAGCCAAAAGAAAGAUCAAUUAAUAAUACGUCGAAAUUAGGUGCUCCAAAUAUGGAACCUCUGCCAGAAUUACCCUCGUUUGAUGAUUUGGCUUCGAGUGGCGUUGAAAGUUGGUUAGAUUCCUCGAGUAAAUAUCACAGCUGCGAAAUUGUCGAUGAAGAUUGAAUUUUGAAUUUUCGAAAGAAAAAAUUGUUACAAUGUUACCAAAAAAAAAAGAAAAAGAAAAAUGCAAAGUUGAAAAAAUUAAGAGGUGAUUUAGUCAGGAAUUUGUUGAUAAUUGUCGACCAAAAGUUGCUGGAGGAUAUUUUAAUAAAAAUGAUAAAAUUGAGAAGAGAAAAGAAAAAUGUUGGGGACUGAAAUUAUUGCGAAAAUAAUA